CUUUCUGUCUCUAUCUCUCUCUUUUUUGUAAUUGUUGUCAUUUCAUAAUAAAUGACUUGUUCAAUUCAACUUACUCAUUAAUCAAAUGUUUUGAUUCAUUGUUUUGCAUCACUUGUAAACGCGUCUAUCAAAAAAAGGAUAAAAACGCGUAAAAAUUAACUAAAUACUAAAAAAGGAAACACACUUAUACAAUUGACGUGUUUGAUUGGAUAACGGUGAUUAAAAUACACUUUAAGUCCUUUUUCUAUUUGUUGUCUUUUUUUUCUUUUUACUUACUGCUUUUUAAUCAAACAACUUUAUUUUGAAACAUGUCAAGUCAACAAUAUGUUUGUCCAAAGACACCUGAAAGACCAACUAUUCAGCCACAGCCUUAUCAAUCUUUUACUCCAUGCACCAGACUAUCACGUAUGUCAAUAAGCCGUACAGAUACAUUACAACGUCCUAUAAAAUCAUUUCAAGAACGCUUGAUGGAAGUAUCAAACCGUGAAGAAAACGUGGCUCAUCCUAAUCUUGACAUGUUCCUGAGCCAAGACAAGAUUGGUAUACUUGAAAAAAAGAGAGAACUAUCUUUUUCAGAAGAAGAAGAGGAAUCAGACGACGGCGACUUAUUUUCAUCAGGUCUAUGUCCCAUGUCUACAUCACCUACCAAUCGAUUUUAUACCAAGUUUGAAGAUUCCAUGCUAUCACUCAGUCCACCUACAAGACGAUCAUUAUUUGAUGAUGAGGACGAUGACCUUGUAGAUAAACAUUAUGAUCCUAGCGACAUGUGGUUAUAUCGCAUAUACCAUGACAAUAACACUCAAAAUGAACUUUCCGAGCUAGUGGAUCAAAGACAGCUCAAUGAUGUAGAGAAUAAACCACCUCAUUCAUUGAAUGUGAACAAUAACAAGACGUGGGUUAAACGAUCAACGACAGAACAGAGAUUACCAUUACAAGAGAUCACUUUGGGUGAAUUACAGGAUGAAGAAUUGCCAGCAAAGAAAAAAGUGAUACUCAAUUCAGGAAAGAUGCGUAUGAUUCGUACAUUAUCACCACCUCGUUUUAAUACAAAACGAAAAGGCAAGAUAGCAGCAGACUCAACGAUGUAAAAAUAAGCAAGUAUCAAGGACCUUCUGUUUGCUCAUACCCCCUACUACAUAUACUAUAUAUUCCAUUCGCAUUUUGCAUUCAUAUCGCACAUGAUAUCCUUUCUUUUCAGUCCUUCCUUUUUUUUGCAUCAUUUGCUGAACAUAUAUAUAUAUAUAUACAUUCAUGCCUUUAAAUAUAAUUGAAUUACAUAUCUCUCUUUCUCUCUUUCUCUUUGAUAAAUAAAUCUGGA